AGUCUCGUAUUGGAUAGGUGGGUUACCAACGACCGCUUGAAAUGUCCGACAUCCCUGACUUGAUCGAGGAGGACAAAGCGGCGCGAAAUGUCCAGCGCUUUGCAAAGAUCCGUCCUCAGCACCCCGGCCUCAUUUCCGCCAUGUACCGUUUGGUCCGGAAGGAGUUCCUUCUGCAAGUGGGCUUUUCGAUCAUCUCCCUGGUUCUCAAUUUCAGCGGCCCAUUCUUCCUGAACCGCAUCCUUCUCCACGUUGGACAACCAAAAGGCGAAGCAUCGGCUUUGGUUGGUUUGACCUAUGCUCUAUCGCUCCUGGUCGCUGCCCUCGUGAAAUCCAUUUGUGAUGGGCAAAUGUACUUCCUUGGGCGCCGUAUGGGUCUCCGCUUGCGUGCUGUCCUCAUCAAUGAGAUUUACGGUAAGGCGCUGCGGAGGAGAGCUGUCGUCGGAACCACCGAAGAAGAGGCGCAAGGUGCCACUACGGGACAAAUUACGAAUCUCAUGUCGGUCGAUCUCGAGAAGAUUUUCAGUGUCAGUUGCUACUUGAUGGUGUACUGGUCGUGUCCGCUCCAAGUUAUCAUUUCGACGGGACUGCUUUUGGUUGUUAUGGGAUGGCCAGCUCUCGCUGGAAUCGCCGUAAUGGUGGCAAUGAUGCCCGUUGGCGGUGUCCUCGGAAAGGCUAUUGGUACUAUGCAGGACAAUUUCUUGAAGGCGACCGACAACCGUAUCAAUGCGAUGAACGAGGUUCUGCAAGGCAUUCGGGUGAUCAAGUUCUUCAGCUGGGAGGCCCACUACGUUAACAAACUCACCAAGCUUCGAAUCAUUGAGCUCGGAAAGCUCAAGUACUUCCUCUGGACGAUGGCUUCUACCUACUUCAUGUGGAGUGCAGCAUCUAUCGCCGUCUCGUGUCUUACCUUCCUCACCUUCACCCGCGUUGCGGGCCGGGAGUUGACGGCUGAUGUUGCUUUCACCAGUCUUGCCUUGUUCACCACCUUGCGGUGGUCAUUGCAAGAGAUCCCAGAGACCGUUGUUCAGUUGAUUGAGAUGGUGGUCAGUUUGCGGCGUAUUGAAGGGUUCUUGAAGGAGGAGGAGUUGGAGCGAUACCAAGAAGGCUCUGCCGCCAGCACUCCUUCAAGUAGCAGUACCGAGGAGGAUAUUGGGAUCAGCGGAUCAGGAGCUUUUACCUGGGAAGGUGAAACGUCAACGAAGGCGAACGAGGAUGGCACCUUCCUGUUGCGAAAUGUGGAUGUGAAGAUUCCUGCUGGUCAACUCACUCUUGUCUGCGGUACCACCGGCUGUGGUAAGACGAGCUUGGUUUUGGCCAUGCUGGGCGAAAUGCGUCGCCUUGCCGGACAUCUCCACCUUCCGGACAGCCGGGUUGCCGCCGUCAACCCGGUGACCGGGCUCACUGCCAGUGUCGCCUACGCUGCACAACAAUCCUGGCUUGUAAACGGUACUGUUCGUGACAAUAUCACGUUCGGCGAACCGUUCGAUGCUGACCGAUACCGCCGAGUCGUCUACGCGUGUGCUUUGAACCGUGAUUUCGAGACAUUCGCAGGAGGCGAUAUGACCGAGAUCGGAGAAAAGGGUAUAAAUGUCUCUGGUGGUCAGAAGGCAAGGAUUUCCUUGGCCCGAGUCGCAUACUCACGAGCAGCUUACGUGCUAUUGGACGACCCGCUAUCUGCUGUGGAUGCACCCACUGCCCGUCACCUUCUCGAACAAUGCAUUCUCGGUUUGCUCGCAGGUCGCACUCGUCUCUUGGUGACCCACGCAGUCCACCUCUGCAUUCCUCGUGCCGACCACGUUAUCAUUAUGGGCAAGGGCGUGAUUGCUACGCAAGGCUCGCCCAAGGAAGUCAUCGGCAAAGGACCCGGCAAAAUCGACUUGGACACGAUUUUGGGCGAGGAUGAUUUGCCGCUAACGUCUAUUGCUGAAGGAAAGGAGGAUUUGGAUCAUUCCGUCGUCUCGUCCGUCGAAAGCCGGAGGAACUCGAAGAGCGAUGAUGAUACCAAGACUGGGUCGUCCGAACAGGAGGGGGAUCACUCAACGCAGAAGCCCAAGGAGGAGAACACCGUUGUCACUCGCUUGACCGAAGAAGAAGGCAAAGCCAGCGGAUCUGUCAGUGCCAAGGUGUACGGGCUGUACAUUAAAGCUGCUGGAGGUGCAUUGUUCGUCUUCGGAAUUUCGCUCGCUUAUGGGUCUAGUCAAGCCUCCAUCGUUGGACAAGACUGGUGGCUCAAGAAGUGGGCUCAGGCGUAUGAGGCAGUUACCUCAGUGGUGAUGCAAAUGGCAGUUGGUUUUACCGCCCAGAACAUCUCGUCCGACUUUUCGAUUCUGAAGAAGAACAAGCACCAUGUCGAUGAGCCUGCUCAGUCACCCUCCGUGGACGUAGAUUACUACCUCAUCAUCUACGCUCUCAUUGGCGGUAUCAGUCUCCUCGCUAUUCUUUUGCGUACCCUUGUGGUCAACUUUGGAUCUAUCCGGGCCUCUCGUGUCCUUCACCAUGGCAUGUUGACGACUCUACUGCGUGCACCUGUCAGGUUCUUUGACAUCACUCCUAUGGGUCGAAUCAUGAACCGAUUCUCGAAAGAUAUCAGCACGCUCGACCAGGAUGUUUACUGGAUGGCUGGUGACUUCCUCAGAAACGUCGUGCAGGCCAUUUCGGUUAUCGUCGUCAUUGCCUCUGUUACCCCCGUGUUUGUGAUGGCGAUGCUUCCCAUCGCGCUCAUGUACCGAUAUGUGGCCAAGCUGUACCUUCAGUCUUCCCGAGAGCUCAAACGCUGGGACAGUGUGACACGAUCUCCUAUCUUCUCGGCGUUCAGCGAGAGUAUCGUUGGCGCGCCCACGAUUCGCGCGUACGGUGCCGAGCAGCGUUUCUUGAAAGCUACACAAUCCCGCGUCGACACGAAUCACCGCGCCUUCUUCUACCUUUGGGCGACCAAUCGAUGGCUCAGCAUUCGCAUUGACAUGCUCGGUGCUGCCGUCGCGUUUUCUUCGGCUUCCGCUAUCCUUGGAGCUCUCCACCUUGGCGUGGACAUCAAUCCAGGAGCGGCGGGAUUGAGUUUGAGUUACGCACUGUCCUUCACCGAAAACUUGCUUUGGGUCGUGCGUCUCCACUCAAUGAUGGAAAUGUCGAUGAACAGCGUUGAGCGUAUUGGAGAAUAUCUUGUCAUUGAACCUGAAGCGCCUUCUGUGAUUGAAAACUCUCGACCUCCUGCUGGGUGGCCUACAGCUGGACAAGUCGAGUUCGAGAAUGUGGUUGCGAAAUACGCCCCUGACUUGCCAAAUGUGUUGAAGGGCUUGUCCUUUAAGGGCAAGGCUGGAGAGAAGAUUGGGAUUGUUGGGAGGACUGGAGCUGGCAAGUCGACUAUUGCGCUCACUUUGUGGAGGUUCCUGGAACUUUCCGGUGGUCGAAUUGUCAUUGAUGGCAUUGAUAUCGGUACAAUUGGACUGCAUGAUCUGAGAUCAAACAUGACUAUCAUUGCACAAGAACCGGUUUUGUUCGCGGGGACUGUACGGACCAACCUCGACCCCUUCUCUCAGCACACCGAUCUCGAGCUAUGGACAGCUCUCCGCCGAGCGCACUUACUUGAGGCUGAGGAGACGCAACCCACGGCGGUCCCUGUACCCCGGUCCAACAAGCUCUCCAUCGGCAAGUCCCUCGGCGGCGUUGGGAGCUUGUCCACCAGUCUCGUGCACGAUCGCGUCAGUGGAUCGCUCGUUGCUCGGAGCAUUGGAUCAACCUCUUCCGCAAAGCGCCCGGCGCUCACCGCCCACAGUUUCGAUCCCAACGGCGCUUUCGGCUCGAUCUCUCCUCGCUCUAUGAACUCAGUAUCUUCCCCGGCAAACUCGUCGAACUCGCAUGCGGAUCACGCGCAACCGACCAUCACCCUAGACGCGAUUGUCGCUGAGGGAGGUGCCAAUUUCUCUCAAGGACAGAGACAACUUUUGUGUCUCGCCCGUGCGUUGUUGCGAACCUGCAAGGUUAUUGUACUGGACGAAGCCACUGCCAGUGUGGAUCACGAAACGGAUGCAAAGAUCCAAGAGACUAUCAGGACCGAGUUCAAGGGCGCCACGUUGUUGUGUGUUGCACAUCGUCUAAGAACUGUCGCCGAUUAUGACAAGAUCCUCGUCCUUGCUGAUGGACAAGCAGCCGAGUUCGACACCCCGUCCGCACUAAUGAAACUCACUCCCGAAACCAAUGGUGGCAAGGAACCCAUCUUCCGCAAAAUGUGUGAAGAGUCUGGCGAAUUCGACCUUCUUUUGGAGUUGGCUCAAAAGGCGGAUGAAGAACGGAACAGGAAAUGAUUGCUAAUGAGCUUCACAUUACCCUCAUGCUCGAACACUAGCAACCAUGAAUAGGACAGGCGUACCAGCAGGUUUUAGACUCCACUAUAUUGCUUUUUCGCAGUUCACAUUACAUAUCAUCACAUUUGAAGAACAUUCCGCC